UCAAUUCAUGAAGAUAAAGAAUAGUACUAUAUGCGGCCAAUUUUACAUAAUUAGAACACAGUUGGCAAUAGCUUUUGAGCAAAAACUUCAUGUCUCUUAGUCUACAAACGGACGCCAAUUCUGACACAUGAUCUAAAAUUGGACUUGGUCUAAUUCAAGUCAGAUACAAAAACGUCACCCACUCACGUGGGGCGCCGGCGAUGUUUCAGGAGUAUUGUGCAUUAACAGCAGCCUGUACGUGAAUUCCUGACUCUACACUGGUCUUGUUAUGGACUUUGCACUUUCCCUGGACUGGUCAAGUUUUGUGAGGGCAAUUACAGAGUACACAUUACACAAAGGUCAGACCUACAGGUAACUGCAGCAAAUACUUUAUGAUCAGUCUUCCAACACUGGCACACUCUACAUAGCACACUGUAUGGAAGUGUCAGUGGUUAUAGACAAGCCUGGGCUGUGUCCAGAGGGUCCUCACUGGGACCACCGUACGGGAUCUCUGCUGUAUGUUGACAUCGACGGAAAAAAGGUCCAUCGCUGGAACCCGGUCACCGGACAGAAAGACACAGUUGACAUGGACUGUAUGGUAGGUGCUGUGGUCCCAAGGGAAUCGGGUGGAGUAGUGGUCGCUGCUGGGACCGACUUUUCCUUCCUAGACUUCGAGACCAGACAGCUGACCACUGUUGCAACGGUGGACCAGGACAGGCCUUUGAACCGGUUCAACGAUGGGAAGUGUGAUGCUGCCGGCAGGUUUUGGGCUGGCACGAUGGGUCCCGAACCUGUUCCUACUCAAGUCGAACGCAACGCCGGGUCCUUAUACUGCCUUCACUCCGAUCAAACAGUUACAAAGGCAUUUAAUGAAGCCGACAUCUCUAACGGUCUGGCCUGGACAUCUGACAACUCCACCAUGUACUACAUAGACUCACUCCGCUACAGUGUGGAUGCCUUCGACUUUGACUUGCCCACCGGAAACCUGGCAAACCGUCGUAAGGUGGUGAGUUUUGACGAGAGCACAGACGGUGUGCCUGACGGCAUGUGUAUCGACACUGAUGGGAAACUGUGGGUAGCCAUGUUUGGCACAGGCCAGGUACUGCAAGUGGACCCAGAGACAGGCACACAUCUUCGUUCCGUUAAGAUCCCCGCUGACCAAACCACGUCCUGUUGUUUCGGUGGUCCAAACCUCGACACCCUGUACGUCACAGCCGCGAGUGUCGGUCUGACAGCUGAGGAGCUCCGGCAGAAGCCUCUGUCUGGCUGCGUGUUCCAGGUGACAGGACUGGGCGCCAAAGGCACGCCGGGGUUGUGCUACAAGGGUUGA